CCCUACAGAGAGAUCUUUGAAUUCUUCAUAGACAACUUCAAGACCUAUAAGCCCUUGCUGUCAGCUAUAAAGAAUGAGUAUGAAGUUACUUUAGCUCAUCAGAAGAAGACAAUUCGUACCCUAGAGCCCCUGAAGGCUAUGGUCACGACUGUCUCCGAGGAGUGCACCCGGCAGAUACUAGCACUGCAGGAAAAGGAGAAAGAUGAAAUAAAUAUGUUAAAGCAAGAGAAACAACAUUUGUUAAAGUUCAUUGACAACAUGAAGGAAGAAAAGAAUUCUCUUCAGACUCAGGUGGAGCAUCUGCAGACAAGCGUAGCUGAGGAGUAUGCUCGCUAUCUCAAUGAGUACGGUGCCCGCAAACUGCUUCUAGCAAAACUGAAUGAUAUGCAUAAUGAACGGCUGGACAUGACAUGUCACCAAGUCCAAGGCGUCAAGGGUGAAGAUGUGGUGAAGUUAACUUUGGCAUUAAAGAUAGCUCGGCAGGACCUCACAAAAACCCAGGUGAAGCUGAACACAAUGAUAGCAGACUACGGAGAUAAUGUGUCCAGGAGAGAUUUUGAAUCACUGGAGAAAAAAUACUCUGAUUUACUUCAGGAGAUGAAGACUCUGCAGAAGGAUUUUGAUCAGCUCCAUAAGGAAUACGAAACACUGCUGGAAAUCCACAGAGAGACUGCAGAAGAGCGAGACAACUUCUGCGCUGAACUCCAGCGAGUUCAGCACAACUGCACACCCCGGCCAAACUGGGCGAAGUGUUCAGAGGUGAUUGCUGGUGGAGCUGACCGGUGGGGCUGUCUGGCUGAGGGGAAGACCAGUGAUCAGCUAGUGGAUGUGCUUGUGGAAGAAAUAGGAACAGGAGUGCUAAAAGAGAUAAAUGGCUUCCCUGGACGGGGCAAAGGUGACAAGGUGCCUGCAUAUCUGCGGCAUGAAGGUGAAGUCAAGAACAAAAAGCUGACUAAGAGGGAUGUGGUGAACAUCCUAAAGGAUGUCUGGAAGGAGAAAAUUGCACUAGAACAGCAGACAGGGAAGCGAUCCAGUCUUCCCGAGUUCUUUCUCAACUACCUCCAGAAGAAGUACGGAGAUGCCGCUGCCAUGGAAUGGUCUUACACCCUCUACGAGAACAUGCGACUCUGUCGAUCGAACCACGUCCUGAGCUCAUUCUAUGACAUACUCACAGGGAAGGUAGGUGAAGAACAGUACCACGGCCAGAAUCAGCUGAUUUCCAACCUGCAAGAGGAGUUGGCUGCCUGCGACAGCUCAAACAGCGGAUCCCUGACGAGCAAGCAGUUCAGCACGGCUGUGAGGGAAGCUUUUCCCCUGAAAAGGAAAGAGUCAAUCCAAGAACUAGUGGAUGCAAGCAGGUACAAGCUGGACAGCACUGAAGACCUCAUCGACUACAUAUCCUUAUUCAAAGAAGAUGAGGAGGGGAACGCUGGACCUUUCGUUGCAAAGCUCAGGAACCAGUAUGUCAGGGAGAAGCAGGAGUACCUGAGACAGCUGAAGAACAAGCUGGGAGCUUUAACAGAGGUGAACGCAGAUGAUCUGAAGACCGCCUUCUGCGCGAUCGAUCCUGAUAUCGAUGACCAGACGCUAGAUACCUACCUUGGCCUGGCUUAUCAGGUCCAAAGAGAACAGCCAGACCAAGAAGUUGUCCCUGUGGAAACUGCACUGGAGAGGCUUCUCGCUGGAGAUGUGAGACGAGUAGGGCCCUCACCCAGGGAGGGAAGAACGGCAGGCUUUGAAGGAGAGUAA